UAACGCUCACCAUACGACUUUUACCAACCACAAAAGAAGAAGGAAGAAGAAGAAGACAACUUUUAGGAAACAUGGACAGCGAUCAACCUCGAGAACUUCAUAAAACCAUCCAGAGAGGGAUGUCCUUCCCUCACCUGGAGAAAUGUAUGACCUGCUGCUUCCCAGGCCUGUAUCACUGUCCUUUCUGUACACCGGCCUUCUUCAAGCCUGCAAAGCGCUCCAAAGUCGUCCUCCAUUUAGAGUUUCACCUGAAGAGAGCCUGUCAUGUUGGAGAGUAUACGAUCCACAAAUGUGGGCUGGAGUGCGCCAAACGGCCACAUUACCACUGUUUGUAUUGCAUAGCCUUGCUGGGAAGCAAGACUGACUUCAACAAGCACGUCGCGUUCUGCCAAGCCAUGCAAACGGACAAAGAUUUGCCACAGGAGCAAGCGUCGAUAUCGCUCAGAGCCAAAAGACUGGCCGAAACAGAGAGAAACUUGUCAUAUUUCAUGGAGACCAACGACAGCGAGAGCGACGACAUCGCCCCGGAUCCCCAGAGCAAAGCUGAGCAGGAAGGCUGCAGCAGCAAGGCGGGCCCUCAGCCUGGCAGCAUGCUGAGCGAGGACGACGCUGCGGGGGGCGAGGGGACUUUUGUGCAGCAAUCCGUGACCAAACGGGACAAGAUGUUGCAGGUGAACUUGGAUAAACCGCAGGAUUGUGACGAGUUCUACUUCAUGAACCUGGUGAAAAUGUUCAAAAAGCUGUCUCCUUCAAAAAAGACAGAUGUCAGGAUGAAAAUCGAGAGGAUCCUGUUUGAAGCUGAGUUCAUGUAGACGUUUACGGUUUGACGUUUAUAACGGUUAUCUUAAGAGACGUGAAACAUCUUAAUGACUACACCCGUGGGUUGAUUUAUCGGUUAGCGCCGCACUCUUUUGCCUCUAGCGGUGUUUCUGUGUUUUGCCGGCCGACUGCCUCCUAAAGCUUCUGCUGUCACUGAACCGAUUCAUCACCAGAUUGCUUUCUGAGGCUCGUUUUGGUAGCAAAAUCUCAGCAGUCAAGACAAACUCUUUCCUUCCUUGUGCAAACAUUCAGGAGACUGGCCCUCGUUUUAGAUGCUUCCAAAAUAACAUCAUUUUACAGCAUGUUCAUAUCGGAUGGAACUUUAGACCAAAAACAAGAAAAACUGUUGGAUGUAAAAACUCAAGUGAUCUAUACUAAGAUUGAAAAACCAUAAACUGUGGAGAGCAGCUUUUCUUCCAGCCAGCACACUUUGCCCUGCAGAGAGGCUACGGCCCUUUUCUUUCUUUGUAGCUUAAAUGUCACAUUAAGAGUGGUGGACAGUGUCAUAAUAACAGGAAAUGAUGCAAAGACAUGCGGGCUGUUUGUGUUAUUGAUCAGGAAUAACUGAAUAUUAGCGCGCAGGAACCUGCAGGUGGGCCCUUAGACAGAUACUCGGUUGCAGAUUGUCUCUUUUUUCGUUAUUCCUUUAUUUAUUUCCUCCAGUUAUGUCUCACCUGAAUGUUUUUCAUUCCUAGAGUUGAGUCGAGCCAUGUUCCUUGUUUUUAAGUUUAAGCUUAGGUCUUCUUGUCGUUGUUGCAUUUAAUUUUUUCUAUGACCAGAAUAGUCAAACUAUUGAUGUACUCAUAGUUAAAACAUCUUUUUCAUACAAUACAAAUCACCAGAUUUGUGGUGAUUUAUUUGAGCAUUUCAGUUAAUGUAUGGUUAUUAUUUUUUAGAUAUUUAUAUAUGGAUUGAUUUUUCUCAGUAUUUCUUCGCAGAAUUAGGGUGUAUAGUCAGCAUCUCUAAAUGUCUUCAUCAGGAUUGAGUGGGUGAUCAGGCCUAUGUUUUUUUUUUUUUCUUUUAAGAUGUAUUCAUUUCCUGAUUACUUUUGACUAAAACAUGCUUUUUUGAUCAAUGUUACUCUUUGAAGUAAUGAAUGUACACGAAGAUAUAAGCGAAACUUAUGAAAUAAAGGUUGCAGAGUUUCAUUUGCUG